GUAGUACUAUUGUAUAAAACAAAGCCCAUUUUCAGGGGCUUUGUGGCUGCCAGGAUUGAUCUUGCUGUCUUGUCAGAUUCUGCAAAUAUAGAUCCACAAUCUCGACUCGACCACAUCCUUUCGAACCUCGAUGAAGUUUGACAUCAAACCUUCCAAUGACAUUUUCCGCGUUCGGCACGACGACCUCGAUUAAGAAAUAGAAAAAUGACUACGAAAGAUCUAGUGGCUUUCUUUUCAGAAUAUGCACAGAGAGAGUGUGUGUGGUUCAUGCGAAGUUGAAAUGGGCCAAUGCACGUUUCCAAAGCUCUUUAGCCAAGAAGACCUUUUGCUUCCACUUUAGUUGAUCCUGUGUAAGCACAUCUAAUGAAUGACCUGAGGACGAAACGUAAGAUGGCCGAGCUCCUCGAGAAGUUCUUGCUAACUAUAAGGCUCAUAUUUCGUCAUUGACGCACACAACAGACAGUUAAUCGUGAUGGUUUGAGAGCAGACAAGCUGCGUUCUUCGUUGAGGUCACACCCCGGAAGAUCAAUUUCCCCCCUGUCGCAACCCCACAUUUUGCUGAUACCGGAAAAGCCAGAGCAAGACCGAACGUCAUGGACCUCGGUCCUAGUAACCGUUGAACCUCCAAUUUGAUAUCUUUAAAUGCGCCUACCUAUCAGCGCAAUGUAGCCGUCCCAAGAAACGUGUGCGCUGUCGCGGCUGUAUCUAAAAUGGCGUUACUACCGGAGUCCAUGAACGCAAUUCACCUUAAAGAAUUCGUCAAGUCCCAUAAAGAACUCAGAGUAACUAAGAUACCGUUCCCCAAGACCAACGCCCACAGCCUCGUCAUCCGCACAACCCACAUUUCGCCGACACACGUAGACUUGCUCUACGCACGGGGGCUUCACCAGAACAACCGCCGCCAUGCCAAACCUCCUUUCACGCUAGGCUCAGAUUUCGCAGGCGUAGUUGUGUCCGCUCCACCCGGGUCGGGAUUUGCAAAGGGUGACCAAGUGUACGGCGGCUCGUUUGGUGCAUAUGCCGAGUAUGUCGUAAUUGACCUAAAGAAGCGGACUGGAGUUGUGCGGAAAGUGCCGAAGGGGUGGACUGCUGCAGAAGCUUGCAGCGUAGGCGCGAGUGGGGCGACCUCUUUGGGAUGCUUCUGGUGGGCGGGACCCGUGAGAGAAGGGAGUUGGGUGCUUGUUACCGGAGCGACCGGCGGACUCGGCACGAUGGCGGUCCAGAUUGCAAAGAAACUCGGAGCCAAGGUUGUUGCGCUUGUUGGUAAGGACAAGCGAAAGGAAACAAUGAUGAAGGAUUUGGGGGUGGACCAAUGCGUUAGGUAUGAUCUGCCCAAUUGGGAGGACAAAGUCAAGGAGGCCACUGGAGGCGGCGUGGAUCUGGUGUACGACGCAGUGGGCAUGGUCGAAUCGUCGCUCAAAUGCUGUCGAUAUGCCGGAAGGGUCGUUAUUGUCGGUUUUGCGGGAAGGGGCGGCGACAUCGAGAAAGUGCGCAUGAAUCGGAUACUGCUGAAGAGCGCCGCAGUUUUUGGCUAUAGGUUCGGCGAGCAUGGUCGGCAGCGUCCCGAAGAUGUCAUCAAGAUCUGGCGAGACUUCGACGACAUGGUUGAACAAGGAGCUAUAAAGGCUGUCGUUUACGACCAGAAAUACUUGGGUCUCGACAGUUUACCCCGAGCGUUGAACGAUCUGGCCGAGCAUAAGGUGUGGGGUCGCGCUGUAGUUCAGGUUUCGGACGAGUACAGCGAAAGAGAGAAGCCGCGGCUAUAGUAUCAUGAAGUCGAGAUUGAUCUCGUUCAGAAAUCUGUGAUGAUCGAUGCGUGUUAUUUCGCUUCGCGGCAGCAACGUUCAACAUUGCUUCGUGACUACAACUAUAAUAUUUGUACCCACGCGUGAGCUCUUUCCAUUAUGGAAGACUGAAGCAGCAGCAUGUCUUUUUUUU